AUGGCUUUAUUGGUGCCUAUUUUUUAUUUUAGAACAAUGGGCCAAUCCAACGGUGCGAAGCAUGUUGAGUUAAAAAGUAAUAUUAUUCCCGGUUAUGAGGAAAAUGCACCAGAGUCUACGAAUAUCGAGGACCUUAUUAAGGGUGGGAGGUACAAGGUUGCAACACGGGAAACCCUGGAUAUGAUGUCAGCUAUUCAAGGUCCGAAGGAUGAAGGUAAGAUUUAUCCUGAUUCCGAUGUAAAGGACAUUAAACAAUAUAUUAUUGAACAGGAAGGCCUCAGUGUUGGUCAGACAAAACGAAGAGCACUUUCACAGCAAUGGCGCUUCUUUCUAUCUUCUGAGCCUGUGCAACGUGGUUUGGAUGCGGGAAUUAUUGCAGGCAGCUUUUCCGCCGCUAUUGUUGCCCUUAAAAGUCCUAGAAACCGCGUUCCUGCCAAAAUAGGACUGGUUUUCACUCUUGGAUUUUGCGUGGGUAUUAUUGCUGUGCCGAUGAUGGUUAUUACAGCUGAUGGAUAUAACUCAAGGCGCAUCAAGGAUUUAGAAAAGGAAUUGUUUCUGAAACAGCGUGAGGAAUUUUAUAACAAGGGAAAGACGGACGUAUGA